AUGCCGAGAAAGGCCCAAAACAUCAACUCGUUGGCCCGGGGACGGGUCCGGGCCUCUAUGAACAAGUACAACUUGUUCAACCUUUACAAAAAAGCCCGGUUCCUGUAUCUGGGGCAGACGCUUUACCAGCAAAAGUGGAUGGCGAAGCAGGAAACCCGUGCCUACCAUGGGGAACACCUUCCAGAAGGGAGAUGGAAGACUUUGUUCACGCCGUCGCUCCAGUCGGUGGCCCAAAUGGACGCCACCUUAAAGGGGAAGCAGGUCGCCGACACCCCGAUGACCCUCCAGACCUACGCCGUGCUUGAGAAGCGGCUAGAGUUCGCCUUGUUCCGGGCGAUGUUUGCUCUGUCGAUCAGACAGGCGCGGCAGUUCAUUCUUGGCGGUCACGUCCAGGUCAACGGUGUCACUAUCAAGCACCCGUCGUUCCCGUUACAGGCGGGUGACAUCUUCCACGUGAACCCGGAGAAGGUUUUGCUUGCCAUGGGGCGGGCGAAGCCGUCGCUCGAACAAGCGAUCAAGGUCGACAACAAGCAGAUCACCGUGUGGAACAAGCACGUGGCCCAGGCCAUCGCUAACCCUAAGGAAACUUGGGAACUCAAACAGGCUAAGCCCAAGUCGCUCAACACUUUGAUCCCUGAAAAGGAUGUGGAAGCGUUGAAGCAAAAGGCCAUCAACAACAUGAAGAAGCAACAACAGCAAAUUACCAGAGAACUGAUCUUGCUCGACAUCGUCAAGACCGCCCAAGGUAAGGAACAAGUCAACGACACCACCUUCUCCAAAUUCGGCAAGAACGCCCACAAGGCGUUGGCGGUGUUCCAAAAGUUGGACAACGCUAAGCACUCGCUUUUGCAAUCCGCUCUGGAGGCUGACGCCGACAAGUUGGUCAACACCAGAAAGCCCGACUUUGAAUCCGACAGCGAGCGCCACUUGGCUACUGAAGUGAAGCAAUUGCUUGGUGAAAUCCGUAACGACACCUGGGAAACCUUGCGUGCUCAGGCUCUGGAAAAUCAAGACAUCUCGUCGCCUCCGUACUCGCCCGACUACACCAAGAAGCUCAAAUUCCACGACAAGUUAAACAAGGAUGCUGUGCUUGAAGACGAGCUGGUAGCCCAAGUUAACUUGCCCUGGCAACAAGGCUUGUUUGGCCGUCAAGACCCCACCAAGAAGUACUUCACUCCCUGGACUCCGCGGGCCUUUAUUGGGGCGUUUGCCAUCUUGCCUGCCCACAUUGAAAUCAACUUCGCCACCUGUCAUGCCGUGUACAUGCGGGACCCUAUUGCCCGGCCUGGCCACUCGGAAGUGAUCACUCCUUUCCCUGAACACUUGCACCAACGGGCGUACAUGUACUACGCCAGAAAAGGUAUGUAA